AUGCCGCGAAUUGUCGAAUGUGUUCCCAACUUUUCAGAAGGCAGAAGUAAAGAGGUGAUUGAAGCCAUUGCUGCAGCAAUUGCUGCCACCUCAGGAUGCAGUCUGUUGGACGUAGACCCAGGGCCUUCAACAAACAGGACAGUCUACACAUUUGUUGGCAGUCCUGAUGCUGUCGUAGAAGGUGCCUUGAGUGCAGCACGAGUUGCCUUUCAGCUGAUUGACAUGAGAACCCACAAAGGUGAGCAUCCCAGAAUGGGUGCCUUGGAUGUUUGCCCUUUCAUCCCAGUUCAGGAUGUGACUAUGGAAGAUUGCAUCAAAUGUGCUCAGGAGUUUGGUGAAAGAUUGUCCGCAGAGCUAGAAGUGCCAGUGUUCUUGUAUGGUGCUGCUUCAAGUGUAGACUACAGGAAGACAUUGCCCCAAGUGAGAGCUGGAGAAUAUGAAGGUCUUCAGGAAAAGUUGAAAGACCCUAAAUGGAAGCCCGAUUAUGGACCGCCAGAGUUUGUUCCCUCUUGGGGUGCCACGGCUGUGGGUGCUAGGAAGUUUCUGAUUGCUUACAACAUUAACCUGCUGGCAACAAAAGAACAGGCACACCGCAUAGCGCUUGAUAUACGAGAAAAUGGACGGGGUGACGGCCAGCCAGGCCGAUUAAAGUGUGUGCAAGCUAUUGGUUGGUACCUGGAGGAAGCCAACAUGGCCCAGGUGUCCGUUAACAUCACUGACUUUGAGGUGACUGCGAUCCACACAGUCUAUGAAGAAUGUGUCAAGGAAGCUCAGGAACUCAACAUAGCAGUUGUGGGCUCCCAGAUUGUUGGUCUGGUUCCCCAGCAAGCAAUGAUGAACACCGCUGACCACUACCUGCAGAAGGAGAACUUGUUCAUCCUGGAGGAGGAUCAGAAGCUGAGACUGGUGAUUAAUCGACUGGGUCUGAAUUCCUUGGGAGCUUUCAAUGCUAAAGAAAGAAUUGUGGAAUACAUGAUCCAGGCCGACAGAGAUGGGCCGUUGGCCAGCAUGGAUGUCAAGGACUUUAUCCUGACAGUGGGCUCCAGAUCCCCUUCACCAGGGGGUGGGUCUGUGGCUGCUUUAGCUGCAUCUCUGGGUGCUGCCUUAGGCUCCAUGGUGGGUUUUCUGACAUAUGGAAACCGUAAAUUUGCUGACCUUGACCCAAAGAUGAGAAAACUGAUCCCUCCGCUGUACAAGGGCAUGAAGGAUCUGAUUCCUUUCAUUGAUGCAGAUGCUGCAGCGUUCAGUGAGUUUAUGCUGGCAAUGAAGCUGCCCAAAUCAACAGUGGAAGAACGGAAACAGAGAGAGGAGGCCAUGAAGCAAGGGAUGUUGACAGCCGUGCAGGUGCCCAUGUGUGUGGCUCAGAUUGCCAACGAGUUGUGGCUUCACUUGAAAGAACUGGCUCAGGUUGGGAACCUCAACUGUAAAUCAGACUUGCAGACUGGAGCACGCAUCCUGGAGACUGGUGUCUGGGGAGCAUAUUAUAAUGUGAUGACAAAUCUGGAACAGAUCGCCGAUGCAGAGUUCACCACAAAGGUGAAAGCAGAUAUUGAAUUAGCCAUUGCCAAAGCUCAGAAAGAAAGAGAUGAAGUUUUGAAUAUACUAGAGCAGAGAAAAUCUUAA